CAGAAAAUGGCACAUCCAAAUGCUAGUUCUUCAACAAGUUCCGCAAUUCCAAAGAUUUCAUCUAUGCAAAUAAUGCCCAAAACGAUAUCAUUUAAGCUAAUUAAGCCUCAACCUCUUGCCUCUUCUUCUGUUGUAACUCCCACAACAGGCUCAACACAUAACUUUAGAAGUGUACCAUUGGAUUCAUUACUGAAUAAGUCAAGUUCUUUCAAAAUCCAGACUCAAACUGUAACUCAUGAGAGUUCUUCCAUUACAGUUCCUACAACAAGCUCUAUGCAGCAUAUGUCUGCAAUUAAGCCCCAAACUCUUGCCUCUUCUUCUGUUGUAACUCCCACAACAGGCUCGACACAUAACCUUAGAAGUGUACCAUUGGAUUCUUCGAUUAUAGAUUCAGAUGAUGACAAAGAGAAUACUUCUGUUUUCGACAAGGAUGGCCGUUUUAUUUGGGAUUAUAAAACUACAAUGUUGUUUUUCACAGAAUAUGAACAGCAUGAGAAAAAGCUGCAGAAAAGGAAGUAUCCAAGUAAAGAGACCAUGUUUCAAGCAAUAGCAAAGUCAUUUCAAAAAAGAGGUUACGUAAAUGCUACUAAACAUCACAUAAAAAAUAAAUUUAAAUUGUUGAAGAAAAAAUGGGAUAAAUACAUUCAAAGGACUAUGGGAAAAAAUAGCUCUGGGAAA